CGUUUUCGGAGUUUGUGGUUUAAAAAUCGCUGUUAAUUCCAUAGUUUGAAACUUUUCUAACUAUAAUAGUUGUGUUUAUUUGUUCUUUCAUGUGUUAAAAUAGUUAAAUUAAGUUUAAUUACAAAAUAACUCAUGUAAAAAUGACAUUAGACGACGUCGCUUGUAAAACAAAUGAAUUCCAACAGCGCCGAAAACUGCGACUUCAACAGGUUCGAGAACAAUCGAAGGAUAUUGCUAAGAAAAUAAGACAUCGCGCUAAAGUAGAGAAAUUACGGCAUGCAUUAAACGUUGACAAUAAAAAAGAAAAGGAAUAUUUUGAAUGCCAAGAAAAGUUUGUUAAACGCUUACAGCAAAUAUAUUCUGAAAAUUUGAGAAAUAUUGGAAAAGCCCAUGCAGAGAUUUUGGAAAAUAAGCAAGCUGGUAUAGAAAAGACAGAUUUAUCAAAAUUACGAGGCAAGGAAGCUGCUGCAGAGCUUAAAAGAAGAAAGCAAGAAAAGUUGGAUGAACAGAAAAAAAUAUUAGAUAGAAAACUGAAGGCUAGAGAAGUGGCAAAUGAAUUAAGCAGAGAGAAAUCAUCAACAGUAAUACAAAAAUUAAGUAAAGAGUCAAACAAAAUAUCUGAAGAACAGCCAAAUAAAGAUAUUCAAAGCGUAACUGAACAAGCUCCUGAUAAUGUCCAUGAUGAAUGUGAUAUAGCAACAAAUGACAUUGGUGUACAGUGGGAAUCACCCAAACUAGCAUCCAUAUCGCAACCAGAGGAAACUGCCCAAACAAAUGUUAACACUGACAAAAAUAAAAGAACAAACUUAUUUGCUCUUAGUGAUGAAAUGACGCUUAAUAUGAACGAAGAAUUGGCUAAAAGUUCAGAUAGACCGGCAGUCAAACCAUCAUUGACUAUGGUAUCAGAGUACCUACAGAAUAGAAAUUUACGUUUACGUGAAACUGAACCGAUAAAAAGGAAACCAGCUGAAGAUUUACAGAGUAUAAAGCAGACUAUUUUACAAACAAGGGCACCGAAAGCUGACGGUAGUGUUGUUGAUAGUGUGCAUGUGCUUGAUGAUAAAGUCCUACCUGUCCCUUCCUGGCACUCUGACAAUAAUAUUAAACCUAAUAUCCCAAUAAACAAACUGUGUCAACCUCUACAGUUAGAUAGAGUAUGUCAACCAAGCUCUAGUCCCAAACACUCUAAAACAGGAAACAAGCAAAGGUCCUUCCGUUCAACGUCUCAUGAUACAUCCAGCAAACGGAGCCUAGUAACUGUUUAUGAUCACACAACAAAGGAUUCACGGUGCAUGCCAUGUGGAGACGGUGGUUUUGUGCAUAGAGAGGAACACACAGAGGACGACGCGUAUUCUAAUGCAUAUAAAGAAUCAACUGCUGAUAAUGACCAACGACAAGACUUGUUAAAUAAACAACAAAAAGAUAUGAGGGGCAAAAUUGCAAUGCACAGACAGAACAUUGACAAGGAGUACAGAGAAACAUUGUCUUUUCUAAAUACUCUUCAAAAGAAUGUGAAAGCUACAUCUAUGGCUUCUGCACAUUUUAUGACUAAAGACCAACAGCAAAGGCAAAUGGAAUUUCACCAAAAAAAUCUUGAAGAAGAAUAUAGAAAAGUGCAAAAAGAAAAUUGUAAACAUGGUUGUAAACAUUCCAGGAAAAGGGUUGUAAUGUCAGACAGAAAUGUUUCAAGCUCUCCAAGUAACAUUGAAAAUGACAAGUUCCAGUAUUCCUGGAUGCCGGUACCCGAAAGUGAUGGUAGUCUAGCCAUUCAUACAAUACCUGUAAAGGAGAAGGGUAAUACUGUUAAGUUCAGUCAAGCAAACAGUUACCACGAGUACCGGUCACGGCACAAACACACACCUCCAACAAAAGAUAUUGGUGAUAAACCCAAGAGAUUAGUAGAAACUGUUGUAGUGGAAGAAAAUGAGUUGAGCGACUGUAAUUCGUCCGCAGCAUCUGAAACUAGUUCCGUCCAAGAUUUGAAUUUAGAAAAUGAUGAUAAGGAUAAUAGAAGUUUAUUAGAUGCGGAUCGGAUUAUAAUAUACAAGAUACUGAAUUCGAAAAAGGAACGAAAGAAAAAAGACAGUAAGACACCUGAAUUUAAGAAUAGGUCAUUAUCACAUAAGAAUGCCUCAACUCAAAAUGAAGAAUUACAUUCAAUUGUUGAAUCUAUUCAAGAGAAAUCAUCUGUUCAAGAAGGACUUUACAAAGCAGUGAAAAAUAAUGGGGACCAUAUUGAGGCUACUUGCGUCGUAGACCGCAACCAAGGGAAUAAAGAAAAUAAUAAUACAUCAGCAUCUUGUAAAUGCAGUAGUGAUAAAAUUAAAGGAAACCCAGAUGCUGAUCAAGGCAGAGUUUUACAAUCGACUUUAAAGAAAUGUGACCAAUGCAGGAAUCUUCUAAACCAGCCAACCUCAUCGGCGUUUGGGACCGCAAAAAAUGACGUAAAAAGUACACCUGGUGAUGGCUACAUCAAGCUCAUUGAUGGAGUUAGCCAGGAGAAUAGUAAAUUCUAUAUUGGAGCUUCAGGUUUCUUGAAAGACAGUGAUUAUGAAGUCAUUAUACAACUAAGAAAGAAGGAGGGUGAAAACUUGGAGAAGAAAAUAGUAACUGAAGGUCAAUCCGUAGACUCUCCAAUAGCUGAAGUAUCAGAAAAUAAUACGACAAAGGCGCAAUCAUUGCUGCUUGAAAAAGAUGUCGCCACGUCCAACGACAGUGGUAUAUACCAGGAGCAGGCUGAAGUUGCUGACGUAGAGACUCGAAAUAUUAACUCCAAUAAGGACGUAAACUCGACUAACACUACUAAUGAUAAAGAACCUGUUAAAAGCGCGCCUAACAAACCAAACACUUGUGAAAAAGCUGUACAUACAUCAUUCCAGAAUUCCUUCGCCGUUCCCGAAAAUGCUCCAAAAACUGACCCAGCCGUCAAGGCCACCUCCACAUGCACACAGACAAACUUCAGUUCGCCGACCCCCAGACCGCCAUUUAUGCACAUGAGUACUUCAACAUCAACAGCGUACAUGAGCCCACCCGACGUUAUCCUACCACGGUUGCUGGGACAAAAUUAUUAUCCAACGACUGACCCGUACGAUUCGUCAAAUAGUAUUAGCAAUGGCCGGGAGUCAAACGUACACCGAAAAUAUUUUAAAUGUAAAGGUAACAAACAAAAACAAUGCAACUGCGCCAAAUGCGAACUGAAAAUAAGAUGUCCCAGUAAAAAGGGAGAUACUAGGAAAACUACAAGCGCUACUCCUCCCAACACUUGCAGAACUCUAUACAGGUGUGAUGAACAAACUCUCAAAACGUCUAAACCGCACUGUCAUAAACAUAAGAAUCGCAACAAUACAGAGAAUAAAAAAUGUAAUAAGAGAAAACGACCCACAUCAAGUACUGCAGAUAGUCUAAAAGCGGCAAAUGUAAUAAGUAUGUUUAACAGUCGAUACCAUACAAAGUUGACCAAAUCGCAGAUUGACCCUGUGGUUAAAAAGUAUAUAAACAAAUUGCUUGAUCUUAAUCAAGAAGGCUUAAAAGCAAUUGAAAUUAUUAAUCAAGAUUGCAGUGAUGUUACGACCCCGAGCAAUUCAGUAAUAAAUGUCCCGUCAAAUGUUAAUAAACUUAACCGAGUUGAAAACAAAAUCUCACUUGAACAAAUGAAAGAAGUUCUAAAAAACGAAAUCAUUAGUAGAAAUCUUGAAUCGACGAAAAUUCAUAGCGAUAAUAAACCCCAGCCAGAAACCGUUAAGCAAGUUACGAAAAAAGUCCCGCUAGCCGGUGGAAGAAAGCGUUUACACAAAGUUAAAUCUCUAAAUAUAUCAAAGAAAGUUUUAAAAAAUAAUGCUGUUAAUAAGAAGUCUACUUCACAGCGACUUGAUACAAAUAGUGUACGUAGCAAAACCAGUACUGCCGCAGCUAGCAAACGUACUGAUGGCGAUGAUACUGUCGAUGAUAGUCAGGUUUUAAAACCAAGAGAACAAAGUUCGCCUGUCUCGAAAAGCGGUAGUAAUCAAUUAAAUCGUAGUCAAAGUAGCAUCAGAAAGGUUUAUGAUCAAAUUGCAAACGUAAAUAAAGUAAUAGAUAAUGCUCUUCAUAAACAUUCAUACCUAACUAAAAACCAGAUGAAAUCUCAUUUUAUUUCCUCAGAUUCAGAUACACACGACAGAGUUUUGAGCUAUGUAAAUUCUUCCAAAAAGCCACAUAGGUUCCCUUCGAACACGAAUGAUGGUAUUGGGAGUGACAUAGAUUGCAUGAAAAUAGCUGAAGAUAAAAUACAAAAUAUUGAAAAACUAGCCGACCUUACGGAAAAGUGCACGAAACGCAUAUCCAAUUUAGCCAAAGUGUUGGAAGAAGUGAGAAGGAAUAAAUCUUUAGUUUAUAGUCAAAUUUCAUCGACCGAUGUUUCGUCUGGAUCAUCUGAUAAUAAAUCGGACACUAGUGUACAUAAAGAUCAAAUAUUUUUACCUAACUCUAAAGACAAGGAAAUAUGUGACAACAUUGUUAAGAAUUCUACUAAUGCUAGUGGAAAUGAUGCAUUUAAAAAUGGAACAUUUGGCUUUGUGCAACUUUUAAAAGAUUUACCGAAACCGGAUGCUUUAAAAUCUACUAAAAUUACAGGAUCCGUGCAUACUGACUCUUUAAAGGAUUAUUAUUCUUCUAGUAACAGUGACUCUGCAAAUUUAAAGUGCAGAACGAAGCCUCCGCCGGCCCUGACCCGUCAUCUCAAACAUGGACAAGAAGUGUUUAUUGCACCACAUGAAUUGUCUACAGUAGUCGAAGUUGACUCUCCAAUGAGUGUGCAGAUGAAAAGCCAAUCUAAACCUAAUCUUAGUACCCAGCCAACCACAGAUGUUCCGGUUUCCGACUCAUAUUCUGAACUUAAAGUCGAUAAAAACCAAAAUAUUAUGCAGAAAAAUAAAACGAAUAGAUCAAAAACCGAAUCAUCCGAAGAUCCCAAAUUACAAAUGAUGAAUAUGAAACAAUUUAAUGAGAUUAUGCUCAAACCGUUUGUAAGUUUACAAGAGUAUGCAAAACAAUGCAAUAUAGAAAACUUAGAAGAUGGAUCUGUAAUUGAGGAAGCAUCAAAAGGUAAGACGGUACCUGAAGUUAUAAGUAACUCGGAAAAUAGCUUGCCUGAUGUCAUGACGGAGCUGUUAAAAAGAAAUGUGAUCAGUGAACCUUUUAAGUUCGACUCGUCGUCCAAUAAUAACUCCACCUCUCUAUCUUCGGAAUCGUCCACAUCAUUAUUGGCAUUAAAUAAAGCUCAAAAGAAUAAAAUAUUUUUAGAAGCGAAACUGAAACUUCAAAAAAGUUUAAUAGAUACUUCUGAAACAAUGAGUACGUCGUCGAACCCAGACUUGGAAAACGCAUUGAAGAAACUCGGAAUAGGGUGGGCUUCGUCGACCCUAAAGAAAACAAAAGAAAGAUUGGCGUUAACAUCGUCAUCGAGCACAUCUAGCACCAGUUUGAGGAAGUUCAACAUGAAAAGUUUUAACUUGGAACUCCCGACGUUGGGAACAGAUUCAAUAUCCUCCAUGAUGAGCAUCAAAAAUGACGAUCAAAAGUCUUUAACAAAAGGCGAACAAAAUCUCAGAAAUGCCGACCAACAGACAUCUCCCAAAAAUUCCAUGACAGUGAAAGAAUUUCUUAGGAACGAAUUAGCGAAGAAAAUUACAUUUGACAAUUCUAAAAGCCGAACAGCUGAAGAGUUUUUGUCUUUGUAUGAAACUAAAAUUCCCGAAGAAAUGAAAAAUACCAGGGCGAAUGUUGAAGAGCAUUCCAUAAGUACGAAUAGUCCAAAUAACCGAGCUCGCACCUCUACCCCUGUACGUAACGUCUUCAAAUCGUCCACGUACCAAACAAGCUCAAGUUCCAAUACUUCUAACGGUUUGUUUAGUAACGCUGAUGAUCUAUCUUCCGUUAAAGGAACAUCGAACUCUUUACGAAAUCAUUCCACAUCCGAUAAGGAGGACCUGACCAUUCCAAAUUAUAGCCUUAAAUUGAAAAAAGGCUGUAACCUUAGUAAAAGUGACUAAUAACUUUAUAUUUAAAUUAUUUAUAUAACGUGUCUUGUUUAUUGUUCAUAAUGAAUUUUAUAAUAUUAUGUGAUAAUAUGUUUACGGUGUAUUUUUUUAUA